AUGGGGUGUCUGACGCAAACUCGAAUUUGGUAUAUCACGCUGCUGUUCAAUAUUGUGAAUUUCUGCGUCUUCAUCGCUGCCGGAUAUUACCCUUGGUACUCCCGGCCGGGAGAACCACCGCCGAACACCAAAGAAGUGCCCUGGAUCGAGGAAUCAUUUAACGACCGGGCGCACGUAAACGGCUUGUGGCGGGCGGCAGCGCUCAUCGGCGUCCUAGGUGGCGCCCUGUGUAGCGGAAUUUGUAUCGUGCUGUUGACCUGCGGAGAGCAGCUCAUUAGUGCUGCGACGGUAAGAAUCUACUGAAUUUUGGAACAAAAGUAGAAAACGCUUCGAUGAUGAAUUACUGCUCAAUUUUGUUAUUACUACUUCCAAACCAUCAUUUGAAAUAUCGUUUCACUUUCAGGGCGCGUGGAGUUGGCUUUCCUGGGGCCUGAAAGCAAAGCUCACGUUUUCUUAUUGUGCGGAAAAAUCUCUCCUCACCAUAAGCAAAAAAAGAGACUUCUCAUUGUCGAUUUGUGUACACGACAAAUUGCAUGAUUGCUAAUAGACGGCAAGAAAGAAGCACACUUGCGGCCUCGUUCGCAGGCAAAUUAUCGCACUAUCCCUGGUAGUACAGUUGCUGGGUUGCUUCUUACAGUUUUGAACAAGACGCAAGGCUUUACUUUUGCACCAGCCAGCACUACAGCCAGCAUCCCCUCCCUGUCAGCACGACAACUCGACUUGUAAGGAAUCACAAACCAUGCUAGACAGAUGCAAAUCUCCGUUUGAGAACGGGGGAGGCGGAUUUUUCCUUACCAUAUUUCCGGCGCACUAUUUCAAACCAAAGCCGCUUUCUUGUGCCUCGCGGCCGCCAACAUGCUCACUGUCCCGGACAAAGUCCAGGAUCCGGGCCAACCUGGAAAGAUUUACCACGACCAAUUUAGCAGGGGAUUCCUGUACUCCUGCAUUUCUUCUUCCUUAUUUUCUAGUACUUCACAGUGGUCACAAAGGUGCACUAUAAGUAAUUGCAUAUUGAAUUGUUCCGAAAUCAUGGCAGCACAAGCCAGAAGCAGAGAGAGUGACAAUGCACAUCUCCUGCUCUAAACUCAGGUUUGUAAUUGGGUCCGUGUUCAAUGCGUGCGUUAUUGAUCUCCUUCUAGUGUAUUACCCGUGUGCCCCGAGCGAUGGCUCCAGCUGGUGGAACAGCAGCACGAGCACCGCCGAUCCGUCCGAGUGGUUGUUUAGCACGGGCGCAGAGGAGGAAGAAGAUGACGCUGUAAAAGCCCGCCUUUCUUCCCAUGGGGUCGAUCGUGCAAUGCAAGAAGACGCGGAUAUCCGGAAAAAAAUGGAAGAAGGUAAGUAGUGGUACCUAUUUCUCUUGUAGACUGUGACUGUCGCGCUCUUGAUAAACGUAAGCUACCAGAGCUCUAUACUAGAGGAAAUGCCAGAGGGCAGCAACGUAGAGAGAUCUUUUUAUUCUUCAUCAUCCGCGCAGCGAUUGGUCAUUGGUCUGGCAGCUAGACCGCUUGGAAGUUUUGAUGAUGUGAUCAGCAAAAGAUAAAAUAAAAACAGAGCAAAACCUGAGCUGGGCCUCAGUAUUUGGACUCGAAGAGUCGGAAGAAGACAAGAAGGUGGAGCGAAAGCAGACUGCCGAGACAGGAAAAAUUGACUUUCGUCCGAUGUUUUCGGACGAUGACGAUGAUUCUGACGCCGGACUACCACCACCAGACGCGCCGGCAAUUCAAGCUAAAGAAACGACCAAACCGCUUCCGCAGAAAAAGAGAAGGGAAGACUCGGCGACGCCGGCCCAUGCUCACCUUCCGGUCGUGAUUAACCGAGGCCGAGAGGCUUCCGAUUUAUCUUCAUAAAAAUCCCACCUCCUGGUCAUUAUUCUUGCAAAGUGCCAUUUUGUGUGAGAUCAAUAUAGAAUUACGAUUUGCAUAACAUUACGUCUUGUAUAGAGAAUAAAAUCAAGCAGCAAGAGAGCAGAAACAGCAAGCCCUGGUAAGUAGAUUGCAGCGGGGUUGCACAGUACUAGUGCGACAGAGCAAUCAAUUUGCGCCCGCUCAAAAUAUUUCAAGCACACACGACAAGUCAUUGUUUUCUGCGCAUGAUGAAGGGCGGUCUGUAGUAGUUCUGAUCGAUUUGGCACGACAAAUGCAAAUGUGCUCGUCGAGGAGCAUGACAAGGAGGCAGUUUUGCUCAGGAUCCGACUCGAGCGAUGACCAGCCAGUACCGUACGAGGGCAUCAAAACGUCGGAGGUGCCGCUGCGCGAGAUAAAGCACUCCUAUCCCACAGAAAAAAGUUACUAGCAUGAUGUCCCAUUUAUUUGAAACAUGCGAGAAUUAGAAUAAAUACAGAGAAAAAUUUUCCGUGGGCCGCAGGCCCAUAGCCAUAGCAUGCUGCUGCAGACGUGCAAAGCAUGAAGCGCUUUUUUGUAUUCAUGUAGUUCAAGUUCUCUCUUUCACCAGUUGCGGUUGGAGAAGGCGCUCAGCUGACGAGGUUUGUCGGACUCCAAAGACGUCCCUACAUCAUCACUCAUUCAUUCCAUGCUCAUUUAUCUUUGACCUCCUACCUUUAGUACCGCUACAAACAAGAAGCAUGAUAUGCCAGUUUUUUGUCUGGGAUAACUCCGACGAGCCCGCCAAAGAGGCCAGCGGAGCAAAGGUCGGCGCGGACGAGGAGGGCGCCGCCAAAGACUUCCAGAACUUUUUUCAGAACUUGUUUUCCCCAGCUGACGAGGACGAGGAUUCCAAGAAUCCAGAAAACACAACUAAUGGCAACCACACCGCUACGGCUACGGCUACGCACGACAGAGACGGCCAAGAAGACGGUGGAGCAGGCCCCGAGGAGGAGGAAGGUUUCUUCGCGGGCUUGUUUGGCUGAUACUUACUUCUUCUGAGAAGGAGCGAUAAUCGCGGCGGGCUCGACGCCGCAUAUUUCUGAACAAGAAGAAGUGCUCCCGUUCGUCCUUUCCAUCGCCGUUCACUGCAUGGGCAUGGGCGAUUUCUUGUGACAGCACGAGAUGAAUGGCGAUGAUGGCCUCCUGCAACGUCUUCGUGUUCGUGGUAGUACUGGCAGUACUCUCAAACCCCGGGUGGUUCCCGUGCUGCGUCAGCAAGCAUCAUUACCGUUGUCCCGUGCAUUCGGCGCGGCGCCCAUCAGAAGUUAUCCGCCCUUCUGCUCACUGCAGUACAGCCCAGCAGACGCAAAAUUGAGCCACUUCAUGCGCAUCGUAUCCAUUGGCGUUUGAUGUGUUUCGGUUUCCGAGACGAGAAUAUAGAAUCCGAAUGUCGAAAUGCGUGCGCACCAAUGAUGAAUAUCCGUGCAGCCCUCUGCCAAGAGAAAAACAAUGAAGCGAACGCUACUUGUAAGUACUUUUACAAAAGAUAAAAAAAUAAGAUGAGU